CUGGGCUCCGCCCCGGGCGGCUCCCUCACCUACAUCGAACCGCCGGCCGCGGUGGGACUGAAUAAUGAGCUAGCGGCGGCGCGGGGCGAGGCGGCGGCGGCGGAGGAGGCGGUGCUGUGGGGCCUGACGGCGCGUGUGGUGGAGGUGCUGCAUGAGCUGCAGGAUACCUUCCGGACGGUGGUAUGGCUGGACGAGCUAUCGGCCCGUUCCCGGUACGGCAUCUGGAUCCAAGGAACCCUGCCGGAGAUCGUCCCAUGGGACGCUGUCUUCCAUGCUAGGGGUGCAGCCUCCAUGCGACGCAAACAGAAGGCUCAAGGGGCCGAGGGAGCUGAUGCGGAGGGCGAGCAGGCAGACAGCGGGUUGUACGGAGGUGAUGGAGAUCCAGAUGAGCGUUACGCCGUACGGCUCCGAGGCUUACGUCAUCCCCUGCUGUACGGCGAGUACCUAACGCGUAAGGAAACCCUGGAGCGUGCCGUACGUAUGGAUGGCGGAGACAGUGGCGGUGGUGGUGGUGGCGGAUCCUCCCUUCGCUCGCCGCGUCGCAUGCUGAGCAAUCGGAAGGAGGUCAUGCUACAACAAGCCGGCCUGUCCACCUCCUCCUCCUUCUCCUCCUCCUUCUCCUCCUCAACAGACGAAUCUGAUGCUGACGACGAUGAAACAUCCGCUGACAGCUCCCCUCGUGCGCAGCUGGCCGCACUUCGUCCGCCGCGUCCCCUCGACUGGACGGUACGCCCGGACACCUCAGCCGUGGUCAUCACGGGACCAAACACCGGCGGCAAGACCGCGGCCAUCAAGGCCCUGGGCCUGGCUGCAUGCAUGGCACGAUGCGGGUUGGCGCUGCCAGCAGCGGCCCCCGCGCGGCUGCCGGCGUUCAGUCGGGUGCUAGCGGAUAUCGGGGAUGAGCAAUCGCUGAGCGCCAACCUGUCUACCUUUAGCGGUCACCUGCGGAGAAUACAGGCCCUGCGCUGCGAGGCCGACGGGCGGUCGCUGCUGCUGCUAGACGAGCUGGGCACGGGCACGGACCCGCUGGAGGGGGCGGCGCUGGGGCUGGCGCUGCUAAAGCGGCUGGUGUCGGGCGGUGUGGGUUGCGGCGCGCUGACGGUCGCCACCACGCACCACAGCGUGAUGACGGGGCUCAAGUUCGAAGACCCACGGGUCGAAAACGCGAGUGUGGAGUUCGACGAGUCGGCGCUAGCGCCCACCUACCGCCUGCUGUGGGGCAUUCCGGGGCGCAGCAACGCGCUCAACAUUGCUGCCCGGCUGGGAUUGGACGCACGGGUCGUUUCAGCCGCGCGCAGCCGCCUCGACAGCGGCGUCGCCGACGUCAACAGCGCCAUUGAGCAGCUGGAGGAGCUGCGGGGGCAGCUGGAGCGGCAGGAGCGGGCGCGGGAGGUGCUGGAUCAGGACAUUGGCGUGCUCACUCGCAAGCUGCAGUCCAUGAGUGCCCGGGUGCAGCGGCUGCACGACUCCCUGUCGCGGGCGAGGACGGAGGCGCUGCUGCAGGUGUAUACCUUGGCAAGGGAGCGCAUCCGUGCCAUUAAGAAGGAGAAGAAGCGGCUGGGGCGCACCGCCAGCCCGCCCAAACCCCUCCUCGCGCAGCAACCCGAGCCCCAGCAGCAGGCAGGGGCGCAGCAGGCGGCGGAGGGGAAGGACGAGGUUGAUGGCAGUGUCGAGUGGCCUAGUGAGGAGGAGGUGUGGGCAGCAUGGGAG